AUGGCAUCAAACAAUGCAGCCCGAGCCCCGGCUCCGCAGGAUGCCGCUUCCAAGCCAAAGGAGACGGCUCUGCUCUGGAAUCCGGACAAUGUAAAGGAUGUCGCAGAGUCCCUUGGGAUCGGCAACCUUAACGAGGAGGCCUUGCGCACGCUGGCACAGGACGUCGAGUAUCGCAUCGGGCAGGUCAUCAUUGAAGCGCUUCGAUUCAUGAAAGGCGCAAAACGCUCAACGCUUACCACCCAAGAUAUCGCUUCGGCCUUGAAAGUCCUUGACGUCGAGCCGCUCUAUGGAUACGAUAGCACGCGACCUCUCAGAUACGGUGAAGCUGGCAUUGGCACCGGCCAGCCCAUCUUUUACCUUGAAGACGAAGAAGUCGACUUUGAGAAGCUAAUCAACAACCCGUUGCCCAAAGUUCCUCGGGACAGCAACUUUACUGGUAUGUCCAUCUGCUGUGUAGCGCAACACCGAGACACUCGCUCAUUUCUAUCUUCCCUUGUUACAGGUCAUUGGCUAGCUAUUGAAGGCGUUCAACCUACCAUCCCCCAGAACCCGAGCACGAAUGAGUCGCGAUCCCAAGAACUCCUGCCUAAGGGGCCAGGUGCCAAUCCAGCCCUGCCUGCUGUUGCCGGCAACCAAGGCGCAAACUUCCGGCCGGCAGUCAAACACAUCAUCAGCACCGAGCUCACUCUCUACUUUGAAAAGGUACAAUCUGCGCUGUUGGACGACAACCCCGAGCCUGUAGCCCAAGAAUUACGCGCAGCAGCCCUCGAAUCAGUCAAGUCGGACCCUGGCAUUCACCAACUUGUCCCGUACUUUGUCAACUUCAUAUGUAACGAAGUGUCUCACCAUAUGGACGACCUCUUCAUACUUCGCCGGAUGAUGGAACUCACAGACGCCCUUGUGGAGAAUCCUGAGAUCUACUUGGACCCUUAUGCCAGUCCACUCUCAGCACCUGUCCUCACUUGUUUACUAGGGCGUAAACUGGGUAAUGAGAACGGCCAAGAUUGGCUGAACGAAGUCUACCUACUCCGCGAGUUCAGCGCCAGUCUCAUUGGCCGUAUCUGUCAAAAGUAUGCUACGUCUAACAAGAUGCUUCGGCCCAAGAUGACUCGGACGUGUCUCAAGCACUUUCUUGACAUCAACAUGCCAGCGUCCGUGUGGUAUGGAGCCAUUCUGGGCUUGUCAGCUGCUGGUGGGCCUGAAUCCAUCCGGGUGCUGGCCUUGCAGAACUUCAAGAACUUCUCGGAUGGCAUGCUUCAAAAGCUCAAGGAAGGUGGAAAUGACAGCAACCAAAUUGAGUUGGAAGCCAUCCUGGGUGCCAUUAUCAAAGCUAUAAGGACCUUGCUUCCCGAACAAAAUCUCCUUAUGGCCAACGGCGUCAACGGCACCAGCGAUCGCGAGACUUCGGAAUUGAAGGAGUUCCUUGGCGACUUGAUCGGUGAGAGGGUUGCAAGGCUAGGAGACCACCAGCUCGUCCAGACUGUGCUUGAUGCCAGAGCUUUCAGUGCCCACUAA